AAAUCGGAAACUGUAAAGUUACAGGAGGCGUCCUGCUCUGAAGUCAAAAAAAUAUGUUAACCCUAAAUAUAUGCACACUAGUACUGUAGUAUCUACUUUUCACCACAAUUUUGUGACAGGUCUGCAGAUUAAGACGUUUUAAAAUUAUGGAAGAUGAUACCAACGCCGUCACUGUUAGUACAGACCAGGAGGAUUUAUCCGAUGAAACUAAAAUGACGAUACCAGGUGUAAUGUAUAUUAGCACUAUUCCACCAGGAAUAACGCCAAUACAUUUGAAACAAGUGUUUGAAAGAUAUGGAGAAGUUGGCCGAAUUUUUCUUCAACCAGAUGAAAAAGGUAAAAAAAGAGGGAAGAGGAAAAGAACCACUUUUACAAGAGGAAGAUAUUCUGAAGGAUGGGUGGAAAUGGCUGACAAAAAACUCGCUAAACGAAUAGCAUUAACUUUAAAUAAUACUCCUGUUAUGGAAUGGAAGAAGUCGAAAUGUGUUGAUUAUAUUUGGAAUGUUAAAUAUUUGCACAGGUUUCGAUGGACACAUCUAAAUGAAAGAUUAUCUUAUGAACGCGCAGUGCGACAACAAAAAAUGCGAACAGAAUUUGCCCAAGCUAGACGAGAGACUGAAGCUUUUAUUGCUAAUGUUGACGCAAGCAAGAAGUGGGCCAACAUCAAGGAACGAAAACAAAAGAAGGGAAUUAAACUAACUGAAACAAGGAGAGAAAAUGAAAUCAAACAAAGGAAAACUGUUGCUGAAAUGAGAAAGGAAAAAUCUACUGCUGGAAUUGAAUCAAAGUCCAAAUCUAUUUUGUCUAAUAUAUUUGCAUCUUGAAGCCAAUAGAAGGGGGCGAGUUCGAGGUGUGAUGCCAACAUUGACUUAGGAAUUGUAUACAAGAUUUCCAAUUGCCAACACGACACAACCAGAGGAGGUUUAAUAUGACAGAUCUUCACUUCCAGAUUCAAUUAUUUUCCUUCAAGUCUAUAAUGGCCCCUUGAUCAUCAUGACGUUUUCUAGUGCAGUGAAAAUAAACAGUUAGCUGGCUUUUUGGAUUCUAGGUGCUAUUCAUCACGAUUGUUUCCACUAUGCUAUUAGUGUUUACCUCUGUACAUCAAGAUAUGUGAUGUCCUGCGAAUUAUCAAGUUCUAACAAAACUAAACCUUAAUGCAGCAUAAACAGCUAACAAAAAAAUCUAAUUCCAAUAAAAGCUGUUUCUUCUUGUUUUAGUUGAAAUGUGUAUGGCCAACUACAUAUCAUCAGAUUUGAUUUUCAGUAUUUUGAUAAUUUUGUUUAGAUUCUCAACUUUGCUUUCUUCUGCAACUCGCUAAUAUAGUAACUUGCCCCCACUUGUCUUCUAUAAUGAGUAGACUUCCUAUGAAGCAGUGCAUUAUUUAGAUAUAUAUAUAAAAAAUGUAUGCGUGUGUGGGUAUUCAAUGUAGGCUCUUUUUUAUUAUGCACGUCACAGUUGCUUAUGAAAUCUACUGGCUUGUUGCUAUACUAAACCAUAGUAUGUCACCUCUCCCCACUUACCGGUAUUAAUUUAGUCUUGAGUGGGUGUACUUUGACAAGACUGUUCGGUCAUGGAGUCCCAGGCAUAUUCACAUGCCUGGGCUAUUGGUACAAUAAAUCUUCAUUGUACACAAGUGUAUUUGAUCUAUCCAAUACAAUGUACAAUUUGUUUCUAAUCUUUACAGAA